UCGCCUAAAGUGAAAUAUGUAAAGAAACACCGAGGUACCCUUUUACUUUGCUAAAGUUCUAUCUUUUGACCAGAGAUCUCAGAUAUAUAGACAGGGAUAUGCAGAUAACUGUCAAAAUACUAAAUGGCCAAGAAGCGCGUCUAGAGGUCUCUGCAAGUGAUCAGAUCUCGCUAGUAAAAAGACAAGUUUAUGAAAAGCUUGAAAUUCCAGUGUUACAACAGAGAUUGAUUUUUAGAGGAAAAACUUUACCAGACUCUUCCACUUUACGAGAUCAUCACAUUGUGGAUGGGAGCAAACUUCACUUAUCUGUGAAAAAACAAAGUGAAGGAGCCAGCAGUGGAAAUAACAGUGAAUUUUUUGGAUUACUGAGAGAUCUUCUCAGAAGCCAUUUUAGUGAACAGGACACUGAGCAAGUGAUGAAAAAAUUCAAGGAGGAUUUCAAGACAUGGGUUUGGUCUCUGAGCCUUGAUGACAUUGAGAGAAUGGCAGCUCUUCAUUUGAGAGAGGCAUCUGAUGAACAAUGAUGCCCCCCCCCUCCCCUAAAUAAUAAAGAAAAAAAAAGAUGUAACACUGCAAAAAGACCAGUUUGCAUAGUUUUUUGAGUAUGUUGAUGAACUGUGGCAAGUAUUUUCUAGGAAGUUCCCCCUUUCUUUGGACUACAGGUCUCUUGGUCAUGGUCUUUACAGAAAUUUUUUUAUGACAACCAUGAUAUCACUACAAACUGACAGGAACAUGGAUGAAGCCUGUGAGAGAUUUCUGAUAAACUGUUAAGUUCUCAGUCCAAAUUGUUGGUGUGUUUCCUCAUGGAAGACAAGGAGAAUCUAAUGUUGCAUUUAUAGUCUAUGUUUAUUGGCACCUAAUUUCAACCUCUUCAGUCAAAAGUCUUGUUAAAAGUACUGUUUAAUUUUCAGCAAGGGAUCCUGAAACUUUUACAUUGACAAAGUUUUGGUUACGAUUUUUAUAGUUUACUAAGAGUGACUAGCAUCAUGAAUCAUAGGCAUUAAUAUAAUUAACUGUAUUGUUCUCAAGAUCUUAAAGUAACCAGGCUACUCAGCCUCCUGAUAUAAACAUACAAGAAUUCAGUUUUG